AUGGCGAACAAUGCUGCAGAAGAGCUCGUGCAGCAUCUUGCAGCGAGACACCUUCACCCCAAACCGGCUUGGCUGCAGAGCUUCCUAUCGACUCAGCGUCCAAACACAGCACUUGCUGCGCUGAAGCAGACAUGCCUCUUCCGCCUUCUUGCAACUGACAUCACAUCCUCACUGGAACAGCCCGCAGCAUCAGUCUUGCCAGCAGACAUACUAAACGGCAUGGUUCAGUCUCGCACUCUUGCAGGUCCAAUCGUCUGUCAAGUCCUCGACAUCGAGGACAUUGGGAAGUCGCGCUGGUCCCAAGUCGAAGCUAUGGAGGCAAGAGAGCGCGGUGAGAUGACCAAAGGACGAGAGAUUGUACGAGUCAUUGAACCUGAGAAUGAUGACUCUGGUCAAGCUGUUGCAUCCACACAGAGUAAAGGUCCAUUCAAACUACUGCUCCAGGACGCCAAAGGACUGCACAUAUAUGCACUGGACCUACGGGGCAUCGAUGGACUAAGCACAAAUGUAAGCAUGGGUGCGAAGCUUCUGCUUCGAAACAUCGAGGUGCAGAGAGCGGUGAUUAUGCUUGAACCUGGUAGUUUGCAGGUGCUUGGUGGCAAGCUCGAUGCAUUGGACAAGGCGUGGAAGGACGGAAGGAAAGACAGGUUGAUCAAGGCUGCAAAUGCUGGUGGUUCCGCGGACUGA